GCCUUGUGAGGCCCUGAACCUGACACCGGCAGCGACAGACCUGGGACAACCAAACGCCUCCUCCGACUUUACUAUUACCUACAUCCAUACAAUCAAUAAAAAUGAUGGCGCAAAAGCUGUGACAUUUUCCCCACCAAUUUACAUGCAAGCCAUCCCACAAUAUCAAAGCAACCCAAGCUAGCACAUCAUGAGGAUACGGCUUCCCUUUGCAGGCGUCUUCACGCUCCUCCUCCUCCUCGCCGGCUACGCAGGCCUCUCCUCCCUGCAAAUCGACUCGACCACCCUCCCCGUCAACGACAAGGUCCUGCACCUCGCGACCUUCUUCCUGCUCACCGUCGCCUUCUACUGGGUCGUCGACACGACGCGCCGGCGCACCGUGCACCUGACGCUGGUGGUGUGCGGCGCGGGCUUGGCCGUCGGCUCCGAGUUCCUGCAGGCCGUGCUGCCGAACGGGCGGUCGUUCGACCUGUGGGAUGUGGUCGCCAAUGUGGUGGGCGUGGCGGGGGCGUUGGGGUUGUGUUCGUGGUAUCAUAAGAGGAUGUUGGAGCGGAAAAGGGUGAGGAAGUAUACGGCGGUGCCGACCGGGGAGGGUGGGGAGGAGGGGGUGGAGGAUUUGGAGCUGGGGGAGGGGCCUGGGAUUGGGGGUGGGGGUGGUGGUUCGGGCGGGCAUGAGGAGGGUGUGAUGGGGGGGAGUAAUGCUGCUGAGGGGCAGCGGGGGGCGGUGACGCUGGAGGAGGAGGUCGAUAACUGGGAUGAGAAUGAAGUGGAUGCCUGGGACGAGGAUGAUGCGGGCGAUGUUGGUGUCGCUGCGCCGACGGCUGGGAAGGAUGCCGAGGCUGCCGGCGACCAUGGCGGCGCAAAGAAGCGCUCGGAUUAACGAGCCCAACGACGGCGAUGGGGAUGGAUGACUCUGCCGCGGUAUCGCGCAGAAUGUAUGGAUAACGGUUUGCAAUGUCUCUGGCGUUCCUGCAAUCACUUUUCGCUCCUUUAGAAUGGAUGGGUUGGGACGGGGAAAGCGGAGUUUGCGUUGGGCCUACCUGUAUAACGAAACGCGGGCUCGGAGGUAUUAGAAUCAGCGGCACAGAUAUCAUGACAAUAUCUCGGUUGAACGCCCACAAAAUGGGCAAUAUAUGACUAUUCUUUACGCUCCU